AUGCUCGACAAACUCGUCGGCCUCGCCAUGCUCGUGGCUGCCUCCGUCAUCUUCCUCUACUACACCCUCUGGGUGCUCGUAAUGCCCUUCGUCGACGACGACCACGUUCUCCAGACUCUCUUUCCCCCUCGCGUCUGGGCCAUCCGCAUACCCGUCAUCCUCAUCCUUCUCGGCUCGGCCGUCGUCGGUUCCUUCAUCGGCAUGGUUAUGAUCCGCAGCAACAGGAAGAAGGCAGCAAAGGCCAAGGCCGCCGCCAAGAAGAAGGCGUAA